UUCCCACUUUCAAAGUCCUUGAUCUGCAGUCGUAGACUCGAGAGCGCCUUUUGCCGUCCGUCUCUGUCCUUGUACGCCUUCCGUGGAAAGCAGCGCUGGAGUCUCGGCAACCAUGGAGACAGAUGAAGACCAAUAUUCCCUCCUCGUAGAACUUGUCAAUAUGAAUGCGACAUACGACCCGAGCGAUGUGGAUAGCGAAAGUUUCAAACACUGCAGGAAGUCAUCCGUCAACGAUUUUGGCUCAAAAUUCAACCCAGCUUUCUGCUACGUCAACUUCCUCCUGAGUUACCUUGGUAACGGGCUCGUCCUGUACAUCAUUUAUAAGUAUGAGAAGCUGAACACGGUGACAAACAUUUUCCUGCUCAAUCUGGUCCUCUCCAACAUCCUCUUUGCCACCAGUCUCCCAUUCUGGGCAACAUAUCAUCUGUCCGAGUGGAUUUUCGGUAAUGUUUUGUGUAAGUUGGUCAGCAGCGCCUAUUUCAUUGGUUUCUACAGCUCCAUCCUUUUCCUCACACUCAUGACAUUCGAUCGGUACCUCGCGGUAGUGCACGCGGUGGCGGCCGCCAAGAGCCGGAAAAGGAGCUACGCCAUCAUUUCCUCCGCAGCGGUGUGGUGCGUAAGUGUCCUAGCCAGUGUGAAAGAGCUGGUUUUCCAGAAUGUUUGGAAGAGUCCUUUCAACGGGCUGGUGUGCGAGGAAUCGGGAUACCCCGACAGCACCAUGGCCUUGUGGCGUCUGGUCACGUACUAUCAACAAUUUCUGGUUUUCUUCCUCCUCCCACUGCUCAUGGUGACCUACUGCUACAUCAGCAUCACCGUCCGCAUCCUGUCCACCCGAAUGAAGGAGAAAUGUCGUGCCGUCAAGCUCAUAUUUGUCAUCGUCUUCACCUUCUUCGUCUGUUGGACCCCCUACAACGUCGUCGUCCUCCUCCGAGCCAUACAGAGCACCAGUCCAGAUGUGGAGUGCGCCGACUCGGACGAGCUGGACUACGCCUUGUUUGUGACCCAGAAUAUAGCCUACCUCUAUUGUUGCAUUAGUCCGGUGUUUUACACAUUUGUGGGUAAAAAGUUCCAGAGUCACUUUAAAAGGCUGCUUGCUAAGAAAAUCCCAUGUCUGAGGAGACACAUAAGUCUCAGCAGCCACAGCACAAGAUCCACAUCCCAGAAGACGCCGCAUUCUGAUCACGAGUACUAGAUAAGCCCACAAAUGAUGGACAUGUCAAUAGAAAUUGGACCGGAACAAGGAUAAGCAAUGAACAUUGAAGCGAAGUGAUCAUUGCGUAUGUAGUUUCUCAAGUAGGGUAACUUGAACUUUUUGAAAUGGGUUCUGUAUGCCCUUUGUGCAUUGGUAGCUAUUUUAUUAUCUUGUAGUGUUUUAAUUUGAAAAGAUGUUGCUUGAAUAUUGCGAUUCUCGCCGGGACAAUCACAUCUAAGUAUGUAUGCACGUCAUUAUUUGACGCAAAUUACGCCAUUGAUUGUUUUUGCGUGUGUGUGUCUCGUAUAGAGGUUUUAAUACUCCCUUGGCCUAUGAUGAAAUAUACAGUAAAUGCAUACUCUGCUA